AUGCAUCUGAAGAAACUGUACUGUGAAUUCUCUCAUCCUUCCCAUCAUCUUUCUGAUAAAGAGCGGGAGGACAAAAUGUAUAAUAUGCUGCCACUUUUCAACAAGACCUUCAGUGCAUGCCCAUCUACAAGCCUCACUGAGAAAUUUCCUGACCGAUUGUCCUUCACCCAGCAAAUCUCCAAACUCAUGGUCAAUGAGAUCAAAAAGAGAGCUGCACAUCAGUCAACAGAAGCAGCAAGCAAGGAUAUAGUAAAAUUCUUGGAAAUAGAGAAUUCUGAAGAAUCUAGCAGAGGUUGGAUGCUUCUCACAGCAAUAAACAUCUUGGCAGCCGGGGCAAGUCCUAAUGCAGAGUUCAGUCCUGAGGAAAGGAGGCUUUUGCUCCAGAAAGUCUUUGUUGAGGUAUUGGUGAAGCUCUGCAGUCAUCUUGCACCAGCAGAGGAACUGGCUCGCAAGGAUGAUCUAUCUCUCCUAUUUGGUGCCAUUACCAGUUCAUGCCCACCACAUAACACUGGCUGGAGGAAGAGUGCCACUGAAGUCUUGAUGACCCUCUCAAGACAUGGUCUCAAUGAGAGAGUCAUUAACUAUAUACACUUCAAAGGCUGUGUGGCACUGUGCUUGGAGAACAUGCAGCGAGUUCAAGAGUUGUCACCAUUGGAAAUAGUCGAAAUGUUUGUCACUCUCUUCUGCUUCCUGAAGGACUCUAGUGAGGUCUCUCAGACUUUGCUGGAUGACUUUCGCAAUUGCCAUGGAUAUGCCUACUUGUCUGACUUCUUACUCAGGCAUGAUGCUGUGUUUCGAGAUGUGUAUCGAGAGGUUGGUCUCCUGGAAGUGAUGGUUGGCUGCUUGGAAAAGUUUUCAUCUUUGAUCAAGCAAAAAUCAGAGAAUCCAGAACCAGGAAAUGAGCUGGAGAAAGACCAAGAAACCUUUGGCUUCAUGAUCAUGGAGACAUUAGACAUCUUGGUCUCUAGCUCAGCAAGCAAUGCAGGAGUUUUCAAGGAGAGUGGUGGCGCCCGAUGCAUUCAUUCCAUGAUUCCUUUUGAAGAAUGUCGAACUCCAGCCCUUGGUAUUAUAAAGCAGUUAGUUUUCUGCACUGGUGCUGAAGAUGAUUUUGCAACCCUAUUGGGAUUCAUGCAUUCUGCUCCAAAAAGCUCCUUGAAGCUAAAAAUUGACAUACUACAGGCGGUGCUGCAUUGUCUGAGAGAUAGUCAUCGGACUCGAACAAUUUUUCGAAGAGUCAAUGGAUUCGUGUAUGUCCUUCAUGUACUGGUAUCAAUGGAAGGUUCCCUUCGUGAGAAUCCACCAUCUCCUUGGGAUGCUGCUGACAGAGAUGAGGUCUGGACAGCGAUUCACUGUGUUUUCAAUACCCUCACCAUUGCCAUGAGGUUUGAGCCUGGCAAUGCAAAGUUUUUCCAUCAUGAGAUGUGUUAUUCAAGCUUCUGUCGGACACUGAGGCUUCUUGGGUGUUUCUCAAGUGAUGAAAUCCUUGGGAUACCCACAGUCUCCCUUCCUUCUAACUAUGAUGCAACAUUCCAGCCUGUGUUCAUCUCAUACCCCUCUCAAGCAAGUCUUCUGAAGGGCAUUCCUGCUUCUCUGUGUUAUGCCUGCUGGAUUCUCCGUCUUCUGUAUGAGAUGGCACUGGAUUCCUUUGACAAACCAGACCUCCUGGCUGCCCUGGCUCCUAAACCAUCCACAAAAGCGACAUUAUCAGUUGAUGAUGAAAAAAUGGAUGAACCUCUACCAAGCCCCAAGAAGCCACCACCUGGGGGUUUGAAUCUCUCUGCACCACUACCUGAUCCUCUGAUUGUCCAUCCAGGAGUAGUAGUGACCAUGCUUCACCUCCUGCCUUCCUUGCAACAUGAACAUGAAUAUCAGCUGGCCUUGGGACUUCAAGUGUACUGUGGAGAGUUGCUGAAAAGUCUAAUGAGGACAGAGCGGAAUCAGCAGGUGAUGUGUGAUGCAGGUUUCUCCUAUGAGCUAUUAUCAAAGUGCAGUCAAGCCUUGGAAGAUGAAAGCCAUGUGCUCCACCCUGUCAUCCAGUACAUGCUAGAGAGAUUGGCUGCUCAAACCUUGGAGCCUAAUGAUCUCAGGAUGUUCCUACGGUUAAACUCCCCACUAUGUUGUGAUGACAAACAAGGUGUGAAGACAGUGAAGUCAGAAGAAGUUAUUCCAUUGACUCGAGUGAAAACCCUUGUUUCGAUGACAACUCCCAAAGAUUGUAGAAUGGGUGGCUCCUCCAUCACUCCUCCAUUUGUGGAAUUUGACAUGAGCAUAGAAGGCUUUGGAUGCUUGUUUCUUCCAAGUCUUGCCCCACAAACGGUGUCUGCUCCAUCUGUUGUUGGAGUUGGAAGUCCUAAUGCUGCCCUCAUUGGUGGCAUAGGCACAGGAGACCGGAUCUUCCCUCCACAGACAGGGUUGUCCUUUUCAACAUGGAUCUGCAUUGACAAGUAUUCUGAUCCUAGAUCAGACCCUCACUGUGUACGAUUGUUGACAAUUGUACGAACAUCACAAGGAAAGGAACAGUUAAUUUGUCUCAAUGUCAUUCUUGCUGCACGGGAUAAGGCUGUGAUAGUUUCAACAUUUGAGAAGUCACUUCCUCAACCUGGUCAGUCCCAGAUUGAUUGGGAACCAGAUGUUGUUGGUGACUGGGGAGUACGAGAAUGGUGUCCAAACCUCCUGUACGAAGGGCAGUGGCACCACAUUGUGGUAGUUCUCAAUCGUGCUGUCCUCAAAAAUUCUUCCUUCAGCCUCUUUGUUGACGGAGAACACAUCACUUCAAAAAAACUUCACUACAUACCUCAGAAUCCAGGAGGGGGGUCAGCAACAUUGAGUAUUGCCUCUGCAGUCUAUGCCUACAUUGGUACACCACCUCACUAUAGACGUCAGAGUCGGCUCUUGUGGAAGCAAGGGCCCAGCCAUCUUAUUGAAGACAUUCUCACUCCUCAUGUUGUACAGGUCAUAUACAAUCUUGGACCUAAUUACAUGGGAAGUCUUCAAGCACCAGAACUUUUUGGUAUAGAGCCAAUGCAACCUCUGGUCAGUGAGGACAAGGUCAUCUUUGGCCUGAAUGCCCUUGCUAUGUCUCAGUUGACAUUAUCCAGGAUUAGAAAAGUCUACAGUCGUGUGGAUUCCAGGAGCAUUGCCAAGCAACUUGGGAUGUCAACUCAUGAUAAUGCUACGCCAGUCAGAGUCCUUCAUAAUUCAUCAGGCCACCUAAAUGGUCCAGCUCGUUCCCUUGGUGGAGUUGUCAUAGGCUACUUGGGUGUGCGGGUGUUUUGUCCACGACCAGUGGCCCGCAUGAUUGAGAAUGUGGGAGGAUGCCCUGUUCUCCUAGGGUUGGUAGCAGCAGCAAGGAAUGUUGAAAGCCUAUAUGCAGCAGUCAAAGCUCUUGUCUGUGUUGUCCGAAGCAAUAAGAAUCUCGUCAUUGAAAUGGACCGUAUUAAAGGAUAUCAGAUCUUGAGCUUUCUUUUGUGGAAGAAGCGAUCACUCCUGAACAGCCACAUCCUUCACCUUGCAUUCAGUCUUGUGGGGACAGUAGACAGUGGUCGGGAAACCCCAUCAAUCCCAAACAUCUCAGCCUUCAAGGAUUUAUUGGCUGAUAUUGAGAUGUGGCAUGAGGCACCAGCUGACUUGGAAAAAUCACUCUACGAACACUUCCUGGAGUUGCUGAGGGAAUCCUCCGAGCAUAGAAACUGGAAGGUGCUGACAGACUGUGGCAUUGUCCAGAGACUGCUCCGGGUUUUAUAUCAAAGUCAUGCAUCUUUGCCUGAGACUACUCAACACGUCACUUAUGCUCUUCUUGCUUCUCUUUUCUUUGGCCAGUUUGUGGUUGCCACACUACCCAUUUUCUCAGUGAGUGAGAGCCACUUGAACCUGAGUGAAGAGAUCCAAAGGAUGCAAGAAGAAAAAGAAGAUAGCAGUUGCUCAAGUGUGAUAUCUGCACAAAAUGUCCUCUUGAGAAACAAAUGCCUCUACAUCCUCUAUGGACUUAUUCUUUCUGGCAAAGGCCUGAAUCUCCUCUUCAGCGAGGAGGUUAUUAGGGUUCUGGGCUUCGACUGGAUUCUGCUGUUCUUGCAAGGACACCUUCAUAGUUCUACAGUAACACUCUGUCUUCGAAUCCUCACGGCUCUUCUGAGUGAUCCAAAUCUUCUCCAAAAAUUCAGAGAAGCUUCCUGCAAUGGGAGUUGGCUCAACGACACAGAGCCCAUCGUGGAGAAUCGUGUUGGAGUCCUCCUUGGUUUCAAUGUUGGAUUGCACACCUUGCGAUUGAGUGGCCCACGAGAAAUAAAAGAAGAAGCCUUCUCUGUGCCUGGAUUCCAGAUGUUGAACUGGCUCAUGCCCAAGCAUAUCCUCAUCAGAGAAUCUUACUAUUUCAUGUGUGCUAUCAUUCUUGGACUUCCCAUUCGAAUACUUCCUCCAAUUGAAAAAUUUGGGUUGGAAUCCUUGUGGAUGUUCCUGUUUGGGAGUGGUGGCAAUCCUGUAAAUAAUCUCAACAACAUGGUGAACAUCUGCCCUGAUGCUAUAAUCACAUCUCUGCACAUGCUGCGAACUCUUCUCAAUCCUCCUGCAAACAUGGAAUCAAUUGACUGGGUGCAGGACUGUCCUACAGCACUUAUCCAGUUCCUCAUGUACCUCUAUCACAAUGUGCCAGAAUUCAUGCAUGCAUUUCUUUCAACGGACAUCCUUGCAGCUCUCACUUCCACUGUCUUCCCCUUUCAGUAUUCUGCACCCAAUAGUAGCAGCACACCUCUGGAAGAAAUCAAGGAAAUGCCUGACUCUGUCUUCAAAGCUAGUGUAGAGGUUGUGAAGGAAAAGGAAAGUGGUUUGUCCACCCACAUUGCCAAGAAGUAUGUGAUGGAUUUCCUGAGAAUGGCUGUGUUGGACUCUCUGUCCCUCCCCAUGCCAGGGAAGGGUCCACCAGUAAUAGAUAUGAUCCUGGAAACUUUCCCCAAUGCAGUAAAUCAUCAACACCUGAGCCGAUUCCAAACUGACCUCCUUGGUUCUCUGAUGGACCAUUUAGUUGCAGUGGAUGUGUUAGCUGAUGAUGGUGCUGGUUUGCCCUUGCCUGCAGGUGGCAGCCCUUCCCAUGUCACAAACAGUGUCUUCUAUCUUGCUGCUAGGCUGGUUGACAAGCUUUGGCAAGGCCUUUUUACCAAGGAUGCUCAAGAAGUGUUUGAUUUUUUGAUCAAGAUCAUCUCCCAAGCUAAGAAACGGAAUGCAGGUAUCUCUUUGGAGAGCAUCUUCCACUCUUUAAAUCGCACUGUUCUCUAUCUCCUCUCUCGACCUUCCAACCAGCUCAGUGGUCAAAUGGUGAUUCUUGAAACCAUGUACAAGCUGACACUGCAUCGAAAUAUUGUGUUUGGGGCUGGCAAUCAUGAAUUGGAAUUCGUUGGGUGCCUCAUUUACUGUCUUCUCCAGUUAACAGAGGUGAUGGAGGUGAGAACCAGUGCAAAGACAAAGACCACUUGGCAUGUGAAUCCAAGUCUGGAUGACUUAAGAAGUCAAGAGGGCCAUCAGACAAUGAUUGAGGCUACCAAUCGAGUGUGGGAAGAACUGUAUGUCUGCAAAAAGCCAGCCAUUGAGGAAGUGUUUCGUGUCAGCUUUCCAUGGCACAGCAAGACCCCUGAUCUCCAAUCUGUCCGAGACUUGGUUUUUGAAGCUGCUUCAAAAGUAUGGAUUGCAUAUGUUGAGUCAGAGAGGAAAAAGUCCUACAAGGCUCCAUUUGAACUCCAUACACAGAUUCAAAGCAAGCUUCAGAAAGUGACGGGGGGUCUUUCAAGACUUGCUAGUCGAACAAAAUCAAAAAGAGAAGAUACCAUUAAGGUGCGGUUUUCAAAUGCCUCCAGUUUGGAUGUUCAAAGUUGGGUCUUCAACCACAUUUCAAUUGUGCGAGACUUGGUGGAGUUUAAGCAGAAGCAGUUGCAACUGAGUCGACAGCACAUGCAAAAGUAUGUACUGGAUGACUGGCAAAGAAUGGAAAAAGAGGUGACAAGAGAGAGGGGACUAUGGGGUCCAAUGAAUCCCAAUCCUUUGAAUAAGUGGCAACUGGAUAUGACGGAAGGACCUUGUCGGAUGAGAAAGAAGCUGAUUGAGAAUGAUCUCUUCUACAUCCAUUAUCCUUAUCAGUCAGACAUGGAUCAGGAUGAUAAUAGAUUGAUAAAAUACAAGGUUCCAACUAGCAGUCACAGCAAGCUUUUCUAUCUGAAGUCCAAGCCUCAAGAGUUAUGUGAGCCUGAGGGGGAAAUUACAGAGAAGAGUCCAGAAGGGGAUAAGCCACUCCAAUCUCCAAGUGCAAAGGAAGAAUCAAAUGUAGAGACAGAUGACAGUAAAAAUGAAGCCUUCCAGGGGCUUCAGGGAAUUCGUCCUGGAGUGAGCAGGACUCUGACAGAAUGGGAGGAUGACCAAGAGACUUCCACACCUGAAGCUGGUGAUGUCUGCAUUGAAGGUCAGACACCUAUGCCAGAAGAGAAAGACAAUCCUGAUAAUCAGAGUGUUCUGCGCCUUCUUGAGAGAGGUGAAAAAAUUAGUCACAUGUUUCGAUGUGCCCGAAUUCAAGGUUUGGAGACUGUGGAAGGGCUCAUCCUAUUUGGAAAAGAACACUACUACUUUGUUGAAGGAUUCACUCUGCUCCGGACACGAGAAAUCCGUGCUAUAGAUCAUUUGCCUUCCAGCCUUCAUGAUCCCAUUGUUCCUAGUGCAACAAACAUCAACCAGCCCUUGUUUGGAACUAGACAGUGCUCCAAGUUCUCAUAUGAAGAUAUCAAAGAGGUUCACAAGAGAAGAUACCUCCUCUUGCCUAUUGCCCUUGAAAUGUUCUCUGCAGAUGGCAGAAAUUCCCUUCUGGCAUUUCCUCGGGGGGUCAGGAACAAAGUUUACCAAAAGUGCAUGUCUGUAGCUACAGAUCUGUCAGAUGAUGCCCAACAAUCUGUUGCAGGACAGAAAAGAGGUGCUAACAUUGAACAAAGUGCUGGACUUUUCUCUACACUCAUUGGUGAGACAUCUGUGACACAGAGAUGGGUUAGAGGAGAAAUUAGCAACUUCCAAUAUCUCAUGCACUUGAAUACCCUGGCUGGUAGAUCAUACAAUGAUUUGAUGCAGUAUCCAGUUUUCCCAUGGGUCCUUGCUGACUAUGAAAGUGAUCUCCUUGACCUAACUGAUUCUAAGACAUUUAGGGAUCUUUCUAAGCCCAUGGGUGCUCAGAGCACUGAACGUUUGGAACAGUUCAGGAAGAGGUAUCGAGAAUGGGAUGAUCCAAAUGGAGAAACACCGCCUUAUCAUUAUGGGACCCAUUAUUCAUCUGCCAUGAUUGUUUGCUCAUAUCUUGUCAGAAUGGAACCCUUCACACAACAUUUUCUUCGCCUUCAGGGAGGACACUUUGACCUGGCUGACCGAAUGUUUCACAGUAUCAAAGAAGGUUGGCUUUCUGCUUCCAAGCAUAAUAUGGCUGAUGUGAAGGAACUCAUUCCAGAAUUCUUCUAUCUGCCAGAAUUCUUGCUUAAUUCGAAUAGGUUUGAUCUUGGAGCAAAACAGAGUGGUGUGCAACUGGACGAUGUGGUUUUACCUCCUUGGGCAAAAGGAGAUCCAAGGGAAUUCAUUCGCAUGCACAGGCUGGCCCUGGAAUGUGAUUAUGUCUCUCAGCAUCUUCACCUUUGGAUUGAUCUCAUCUUUGGUUUUAAACAGCAAGGGCCACCUGCUGUUGAAGCCACAAAUGUCUUUCAUCAUCUCUUUUAUGAAGGCAAUGUUGAUAUAUAUAGCAUUGACGAUCCCCUUAAAAAGAAUGCAACCAUUGGAUUCAUCAACAAUUUUGGACAAAUACCGAAGCAGUUGUUCAAAAAGCCUCAUCCAUCCAAGAAGGUUCCAGGGAAUCGUGUGUCCAUCAUUGAGCCAGGUCCUGUGACUCCUGGUUUUGGGAUGAGUUCUGGUGACAAGCUGUUCUACCACAAUGUUAGCAAUCUUCGUCCAAGCAUGUCUCCUGUCAAAGAACUGAAGGGAUCUGUUGGUCAGAUCAUUGCCACUGAGAAGAUGAUCCUUGCUGUGGAACAAAACAAGGUCCUAAUACCGCCACACUUCUCACGAUACUAUGCUUGGGGCUUCGCAGACCAGAGUGUCCGCAUUGGAAGUUAUGACUCAGACAAGGCUUCAUUUGUGGUGAAUGUAUGGGACUUCAGCAAGAAACGCAUGGUGCUCAAGAAGAGUUUAUAUGGUCACACUGAAGCUGUGACUGCUGUGGCCUCUAGCCUUGCUUACCAAUUGAUUGUCUCUGGUUCACGAGACCGCACUGCCAUUGUUUGGGACCUUUCAAGGCUCACUUUUGUGCAGCAGUUGAUGGGGCAUAUUGGCCCAGUUGCAGCUGUUGCCAUCAAUGAAUCCUCAGGAGAUAUUGCAACUUGUGCUGGUACCUGUCUUCAUUUAUGGAGCAUCAAUGGUGAUCCUGUUGCAAGUAUUAACACUUCCAUGGGUAGUGGUCUGGAAAAGCCCCAGCAGAUUCUGUGUGUUGGCUUCUCCACACUCAAUGAAUGGGACAGUCAAAAUGUGAUUAUGACAGGUUCCAGUGAUGGCAUUGUCAGGAUGUGGUCUCUAGAAUAUGUCCAGGUGCUUGACAAUACUGAGACAAAGAGUGAGUCUGGCCAAAAUGCUUCAAAUCUCCUGUCUGUCCCUGAGCAUCCAAGUUCAUAUUCUAAAGAGUCCCAAGCUGACUCACUGUCAGAGUUUGAGGUUGAGCAUGGAGAAGAAGUCCAUGAGAGCAAUCCCCCUGCUAAUGACUUUUCCAGGAGCAGUUCAGAGGCAACUUUGUCAGGAGAUGAGGGGAAUGGGUUGGGAGAUCAAGAUGACAACACUGGACAAGGGAGAGACAGUGAAGAGAAGCAGGCAAAGAUUGGAAGUAAUAUGCAUGUUUCUCAACGAUUACAAAGGCAGGAGGCUUUAGAGAGUGUUGGUAGCCAAGGAAGCCCUGACACUUUUAGCACAGAAGAUUUCCAACCAGAGGCCUUCUCUUCUCCCAAUGUCAGUGAGAAUCCCUUGGUGAAAGCCAAAAAUCCAAGCGAGAACAUAUCUGAUGGAACAGAUGCCAUAGGACAAUCCAGUGUGAGACUAAGUAAGAGUGACACCAACAUUUCAGAUUCUUUUGUAGUCAUUUCAGACAGUGAAAUCAAUGAAAUCAAGAAGGAGCAAAAGAGAAGAGAUUCUAUCCUCAGGGAAGGACACAAAUGGGAAUGUCAGCUGAUCUUCAGAAGCAAGUUGACCAUGCACACUGCCUACAAUAGGAAAGAUAAUACAGAGCCAGCUGCUGUAACAGCUCUUGCUGUGUCCAAGGACCACCGAACUGUGUAUGUGGGUGAUGCCAGGGGCCGUGUCUUCAGUUGGUGUGUCACAGAUCAGCCAGGACGUGCUAUGGCUGACCAUUGGACUAAAGAUGAGGUUGUGGAUGUUUGUACUGGGUGCCAUGUGAGAUUCUCCAUCUAUGAGCGCAAGCAUCACUGUCGAAAUUGUGGACAAGUCUUCUGUUCCAGGUAUGAAUUCUAUGUGCUCUUCAGUUAUAUCAAGGCUCAGGGCAUGUCAUAA